AUGACCUCCCAUCCCCUUUCUUCGAAUUCCCCCUUUUCCCGGUCGAAUUUACCCGAAAUAACCAAACCCAAAGGAAGAGGGACCCGACAUUCCUCACAGCUGCAUUGCAAGCUUAGGGCAGAGGAAGCGUGGGGUCUGUGUUCCCGACAGGCUGGUGGGGUUGAAGCGGGUAGGCGCUCGGCUGCUCCGGCCUGGGGGGGCCGGGGGUAGAGCCGCAAUGGCGGUCGGCGGCGGCGGCGGCGCUCGGAGGGACUCAGGCAGAGCGGCUGUGAAACCGGCCGCCCCGCUCCCUCUGUCAGACAUCGCAACCUCUGCCUCGCCAAAGCAAGCGCCAUCUUGGCUCGGCGAGAGGAGCGGCGCGGCGAGGCAGACGCAGGGGCGAGCCGAGAACCAAAAAGAGGCCCAGUUUCUCCUGCACGAGAGGACCUUUCUAUGGCAGCAGACCUACUUCAAAGUGAGAAUGGGAGUGGUGCAGAGCUGGCAAAGCCCCUACAUCUGCAGUACCUGGAACGUGCACUACGACUUGACCCCUUCCUGCGCCAGGCUGCAAGUGUAUUCAACAGACCAAUUUCUAGUGACGAGAGCGAUGAUGGGCUUGAGGAGGCUCCUUCACACUCUAAAGCGGGUUGUGGAAACCUGAGCCACGUUAAGAAGGAACCCGUUGAUGAGGAUCUGGGAGAACAACCGGAAGUCGGGCACAGCAGAACUCUGACGGCUCCACCCUCACUCAAUGGAGCAUUUCAUCCAGCAGAUCUCAAAGUUGAGAAAGGAAAUCUGUACAAUUUCAGCAAAUUGAAGAAAAGCAGAAAAUGGCUGAAGAACAUUCUCUUGAGUAAUGAGACAUCGGACUCGAACACUGAUGAUGAUGAUCCUGAGGGGGAAUUCAUGCUCAGCAAAGAAGAGUUGCAUGAUAUGUUGCGACUGCAUAAGUACAGGAAACUGCACCAGAGCAGGGUGCAUAGUGUCAGAGAGCUCCAGCAGUACCAGUACUACAGCACUGGCCUGCUAUCCAUGCAUGACCAUUUUUACGAGCAGCAACGCCAUGUCCUGGGUCCCAGCAGGAAGAAGAAGAAAGAGGAGAAAAAGAUCAAGGCCAAACUGAAGAAAGUGAAGAAGAAGAGGAAGCGCGAGGAGGGGCAUUCUUCUGAAGAAUCCCCACGGAGGGCAGAGAUGAAAAUAUUUGCCAAAUUCUCCCAUGAUGCUCCUCCUCUAGGUUCAAAGAAAAAGCACCUUAAUUUGGAGCAGUUGAAUGCACGUCGACGCAAGGUGUGGCUCAGCAUUGCAAAAAAGGAGGUUCCCAAGGUUUACAAGCAGAAAUCCUCGGCGCGCAACAUGAUUCUCACCAACACCAAGAAGCUGGCACACCAAUGUAUGCGAGAAGUGCGGAGGGCUGCCAUCCAGGCACAAAAGAACUGUAAAGAAACGCUGCCUCGGGCUCGCAGGCUGACCAAAGAGAUGUUGUUGUACUGGAAAAAGUAUGAUAAAGUAGAGAAGGAACAUCGAAAACGAGCAGAGAAAGAAGCUCUGGAACAGCGGAAAUUGGAUGAAGAGAUGCGCGAGGCGAAAAGACAACAGCGGAAGUUGAACUUUCUAAUCACACAAACUGAGCUGUAUGCGCAUUUUAUGAGCCGGAAGCGAACAUCUGGGAACGAUGCAUUGCAGGAGGAAAUCUUGAUGAAGCUGGAUGACAAUGUAAUGUACAGACAGAUUGACAUAGGAGGAGGUGUUAUGGUUAAUGUCAGUCAGGAGGAUUACGAUAGUGAAUAUUACAAAGCACAGGCGCUGAAGAAUGCAGAGGAUGCUUUUCGAGUGCAACAGGCAAGAACCCGACUGUUUGAUGAAGAGGCAAAGGAGAGCCGCAUGGCUGCACUUCGUGCAGCCAAUGAGUCUGGAACAGGAUUUGGGGAGAGUUACAGUUUGGCCAACCCUUCCAUUCGGGCUGGUGAAGAUAUCCCUCAGCCUUCUAUGUUCAAUGGCAAACUCAAAGCCUACCAACUGAAAGGCAUGAAUUGGCUUGCUAACCUCUAUGAACAGGGUAUCAAUGGGAUCCUUGCUGAUGAAAUGGGGCUUGGUAAAACAGUACAGAGCAUUGCUUUCUUGGCACAUCUAGCAGAGAGAGAAAACAUCUGGGGUCCAUUCUUGAUCAUCUCUCCUGCUUCCACUCUCAACAAUUGGCACCAGGAGUUCUCCAGAUUUGUCUCAAGAUUCAAGGUCCUGCCUUACUGGGGCAACCCACAUGACCGAAAAGUGAUCAGGAAGUUCUGGAGUCAGAAAACAUUGUACACCCAAAAUGCACCUUUCCAUGUGGUGAUAACCAGUUAUCAGCUGGUGGUUCAGGAUGUGAAGUACUUUCAGCGGGUGAAGUGGCAGUAUAUGGUGCUGGAUGAGGCACAGGCACUUAAAAGCAGUUCCAGUGUUCGUUGGAAGAUUCUACUGCAAUUCCAGUGUCGCAACCGAUUGCUGCUCACAGGAACCCCCAUUCAGAACACUAUGGCAGAGCUGUGGGCGCUGCUACAUUUUAUCAUGCCAACACUCUUUGAUUCACACGAUGAAUUCAAUGAAUGGUUUUCCAAGGAUAUUGAAAGCCACGCUGAGAAUAAAUCCGCCAUUGAUGAAAACCAGCUGUCUCGUCUCCACAUGAUUCUCAAGCCCUUCAUGCUAAGGAGGAUCAAAAAGGAUGUGGAGAAUGAGCUCUCUGAUAAGAUCGAGAUACUAAUGUACUGCCAAUUGAAAAGCAGGCAGAAGAUGCUCUAUCAGGCUUUAAAGAACAAGAUUUCCAUUGAAGACCUACUGCAGUCGUCCAUGGGAACCACUCAACAGGCCCAGAAUACCACCAGCAGUCUCAUGAACCUAGUCAUGCAAUUUCGCAAGGUCUGUAAUCAUCCAGAACUAUUUGAGCGCCAAGAGACUAAAUCACCUUUUCACAUGUCUCUGAAACCUUACAACAUUCCCAAGCUUAUUUAUAGAGAUGGGCAGAUUAACCACUUCAAUCACUGUCGCAACAGGUGGUUACGAGUCAUUCUGUCCCCCUUUUCCCCAGCUCACAUCCAUCAGUCUCUCUUCCAUAGAAAAGGUAAUGAUGAAGGAAGCUGCUUUUCUUUCCUGCGUUUCAUAGAUGUUAGCCCUUCAGAAAUGUCAAAUAUGAUGCUUCAAGGGAUGCUUGCAAGGUGGUUAGCUCUUUUUUUGUCACAGAAAGCUUCCUACAGGCUCCACCAUGUACGUAGUUGGAGUGAGUGUGGAUUAAAAAGUCAGCACCUGAGCAGUUCUGAUAUGAUCAUGUGGGUUGAUUCUUGUACAUCUUUCCCCAACAUUCACAGCAGUAGAACUUUCCAGGACCUUUGUUUUACUGGCUAUUGCAAAGCAUUUAUCAGCCAUAAUCAGCACCGUGUCCAUCGACGGAAAUCUGCUACCUCAACCAUCCACCACAGUCAGCCCACAGAAAUACCAGCCUUCCUCUACAGCAGCAUUCCCAGGGUGACUGCUAUCCCACGUGAUAUCUACUGCUGUGAUAGAAGUGCAGAAUAUGAACGUCGACUGAUGAGGGAAGGGGGCCAACUCACAGCCAAACAGUGCCUCCUGUACGGAACCCCACAACUAGCACUUAACUGGAGAAAUCGGCUUUCCUCCUUCUUCCUUGAAGAUCUUGGGGGUUUGUUAGCUGUUCAGUUCAGACACGGCUGGUCCUUUAUUAGGAUCCCUGACAAAGAAAGCCUGAUCACAGACAGUGGGAAGCUGCACACUCUUGACAUCCUCCUGACACGCCUGAAAUCCCAGGGUCAUCGUGUGCUCAUUUAUUCCCAGAUGACACGGAUGAUUGAUCUACUGGAAGAGUACAUGGUUUUCAGACAACAUACUUACAUGAGGCUGGAUGGUUCCUCAAAAAUAUCUGAGAGGCGGGAUAUGGUGGCAGACUUCCAGAGCAGAACGGAUAUCUUUGUCUUCCUUCUCAGCACCAGAGCUGGUGGCCUUGGCAUCAAUUUAACAGCUGCUGAUACGGUUAUAUUUUAUGACAAUGAUUGGAAUCCGACAGUGGAUCAACAGGCUAUGGAUCGAGCUCAUAGACUGGGUCAGACCAAACAAGUAACCGUCUAUAGACUCAUCUGCAAGGGAACGAUCGAGGAGCGAAUCUUACAGCGUGCGAAAGAAAAGAGUGAGAUUCAGAGGAUGGUCAUUUCUGGAGGAAACUUCAAACCAGACACGCUCAAACCAAAGGAGGUGGUCAGCUUGUUGCUGGAUGAUGAAGAAUUGGAGAAGAAAUUGCGUCUGCGACAAGAAGAAAAGCGGAUACAAGAAGAAUCAAAUAAAGUGAAAGAUCGAAAAAGGAAACGAGAAAAAUAUGCAGAAAAGAAGAAGAAGGAGGAUGGUGAGAAUGCGAUAAAGAGGAGGAAAGACGGCUGGAGUAUGCUAACACCCUCAUUAGCAUCUGCUGAUAACUCCAACAUGUCCUCAGGAAACAUGUCAGCAGACGGAGAGGAGUCUUUCAUUAGUGUGGACUCAGCCAUGCCCAGCCCUUACAGUGAGAUAUCCAUGAGUAGUGAACAGCAUACGGGAUCAAUUGCACCUGAUGAAAGCAGCAGUGACCUUGUGAUUGUGGAUGACCCAACAUCAGCCUCUCAAUCUAGAGCAACCAAUUCUCCAGUCUCCGUUGCAGGCUCAACUUCGGACCACAUGAAUGGUGUUUCGCAAGACAGGUCUGGUUCCAACAUGGGCCCUUCAGGCAGGGGCAGAGGACGUCCAAAAGGAUCCGGGACUACAUCAAAGGGUUCGGGGAAAAAUCGAGGGAGGAAGUCCACGGCUGGUAGUGCAGCAGCGAUGGCAGGAGCCAGGGCAGGAGCAGCAGCAGCUUCAGCUGCCGCAUAUGCAGCGUAUGGGUACAGUGUGUCCAAAGGUAUGGCAAGUAGUGGCCCAGGACAGUCACCUCUCUCCCGGCCGACUAGCAGCAGCACGUUUGGAAUGAUGAGCACCUCCCCCAUGGGCUCCCCCCACAGCCUGUCAAACAGCGUCCCAGGAACACCACAAACCCCAACCGACACUAGCACGCCUUCUCCAUCGCCUGGCAAGAAGGGCGGCAGGGGUCUGGUUCAGCCUCCUUCAGCUGGGGGCCGGUAACCACCAGCAUA